AUAUUUGGAAAUGGAUGUUUUGGCGGGUCAAAAAUUUACACAAAGUUACGUUAUGUUUUUCUUUUUAUCUACGAAUAUAUUAAAUUGUGAUAAUUAAUUUGGUGAUAAGAAUAUUAUUGUUUGAAUAUCUCAAGCAACAUGUCACAGGAUAUUCGAACUUUAUUUGCCAAUUUAUCAAAAAAAUCAUCUAAGAAUGCUUCAAGUAAGGUCGAUUCUCGCAACUCAAUAAGUUUUAGUAACGAUGACGUUGAUAUCAGUAUGGUUGAGACAACGCCAGUGAAACCACAGUCAAAAAAGACCAGUCGUAUUAAACAUAAAGCAUAUGUAAUAAGUUCUGAUUCUGAAGAUGAUAUUAAAAGUAAAUCACCUGAAAAGAAAAAAGCAAAGAGUUCGCAUUCCCCUAAGUUAACGCCUGUAAACAUUGAGGAUGUUUUUAAUAAACCGAUAAAGCAGACACAGCCAGAAGUUAUAGCUACUGAGAAAAAAGAAAAUGUUGUGAAAGUAACACCGAAAAAACCUACCAAAACUAACAAGAACACUAAGAAAAAUACAGAGCUAGGUAUACAUGCUAAUAAGGACUUUGAAAAGACACUUAUGGAACUGGAUGAGGAUAGUGACGAUACAAUUUUGUUGGAUAAUAUGGAAAUGUUGGACAAGACAAUUGAAGAAGCUCUACUGGAGGGAAACAAGGAAGGAUCAACAUCUGUAAUUAAAGAUCAAACUCAUGAGGAUAAAUUAAAAGAAAAGUUUUCUAAGAAGCAACAGAGGAAUGGAUCAGAAAAUGAAUCCACCUUUAAUAAAGAAGCUAUACUAAAUGAAAAAUUAGAGGAAAAAAGGGAAGAUUCAACAUCUGUUAUUAAAGAUCAGAUUCGUGAGGAUAAGUUACAAGAAAAAACUCCUAAAAAGCGACAAAGAAAAAAAUCAGAAAAUGAAUCCACUCCUAAUAAGAAACAGAAAUUUGAAUAUACAGAUUCGGGAAUUGAUGCCGACCAAGAAAGAUGGGAAAAGAAGAGGCACUCUGCAGCUUUGUACCAACAAUACUUGCACAGAGGUGGUCCCAAACAUCAGGGUGAAAAAGAAUAUCCAAAGGGAAAACCUGAUUGUUUAGCCAAUUUGACUUUCUUAAAAACAGGAGUUUUAGAUUCACUAGACUCUGAAGAAUUUGAAAAAAUAAUUAAGGAUCAUGGUGGAAGAGUAGUUCAUGCAGUUUCAAGAAAAGUGACUUAUGUAGUUGUCGGUGACCAGCCAGGUCCAUCGAAACUUGAAAAAGCUAGAAACUUCAAUAUCAAAGAAAUAUCAGAAAAUGAAUUGCUAGAUUUGAUUCUUGUUAAGUCAGGAAUGAAACCAAAGUACGUAACCAGAAAUGACUCGGAAGAUUUAGGCUUGGGAGGAUCAGAAACUGAAUCUCCCAAAUUCGUGACUAAAACUGAAGCAAAAAAUAAAAUAGAGAAAGCAAAUAAGAAUGAAAUUAAGGACAAAAAGUCUGAAAGUGAUAGUAAUAAACCGAAUUUAAAGAAAUUAAAAAAAGUUGGUACGCCUGAGAAGGAAGAAAGUGCAUCUGUGGCGAAAUGUGUUGACACUGAAAAGGAUGUAAAAGAUAAAAAUUCACAAAGCGCUCACGAUAAGGCAAAAACUGAAGCAGACAAAAGAGAUGAUUUAAAGAAAAAUGUAUCACAAGAUUCACAACAUGUUAAAAAGGAGUCAUCACAAAAUGAUUGUGAUAAUGCCAAAACAAAACAAGAAAGUGCAGUUAGUUCAAAGGAAGUACGACAAAUAUCUGAGAUGUCUCCAACAAAUAUGUCAUGGACGGAAAAAUAUAAACCAACCAGCACAAAGGAUAUUAUUGGGCAAAAGGAGUCCAAUAGUAAUAUGAAUCAACUGAAGAGAUGGUUGGAGAACUGGUAUAGAAAUCGGAAUCCUGAGAUUAAGAAAAAAUUGUUUAAGCCUACAUUGUAUAAUCAAGGAACUGGUGAAUGGUUUAAGGCAGCUUUGCUAAGUGGGCCCCCUGGUGUAGGAAAAACCACAACCGCUACUUUAGUAGCCAAAGAAUUAGGUUACGACAUUGUUGAAUUUAACGCGUCAGAUACAAGAAGCAAAAAACUACUGCACGAAGAGAUAUCUCAAAUGAUGCAAAGUAAAACAGUAGCGGGUUAUGUUUCUGGUGAUAAUAACAUUAACAAAAAAAGAAUUCUUCUGAUGGACGAAGUCGAUGGUAUGGCCGGUAACGAGGACAGGGGUGGUAUAGCGGAGCUUAUAAAUUUUAUUAAAACAGCCAGUUUUCCUAUUGUGUGCAUGUGUAAUAAUAGGGAUCAUCAGAAAAUGAAGACAUUGGUUGGUUACUGUUUUGGGUUGAAGUUUGGUAAACCUAAUAUUCAACAAGUUAAGGCUGCUAUGCUCUCCAUUUGCUUCAAAGAAGGCAUCAAAAUCAAACCGGACACAUUGUCCCAACUCAUAGUAGGCACGGGAGGUGACAUUAGACAAAUCCUGAACCACCUCUCCAUGUGGUCGGUGGACGAGAAAAAUCUUUCAUCGGAAAUGGUGGAAAAAGAGUCGAAAAAUUCGCGUAAAGAUGUCGUUCACGGUCCCUGGGACGUUGUAAGAAAGGUCUUCACCACCGCCGAAAAUAAAGAUAUGAAUAUCGUCGACAAAUCCAGACUCUUCUUCUACGAUUAUAGUAUAGGGCCUUUGUUUGUGCAGGAGAACUACUUGCAAGCACAACCGGACUGUACUGGACCUCAAGGUAAGAGAGAUCUAGAAGUUUUGAUCAGGAAAAGCUUAACGGCCGAUUCCCUAAGCAUGGCCGACAUGGUCGAAUCCAAAAUAAGAAGCACCAACAAUUGGUCGCUGCUAGAAAGCCAAGCUUUCUACACCACCGUGCUGCCCAGCCAUUACAUGUCGGGAACUCUGAGCAAGACCAAUUUCCCAGGAUGGUUGGGUAAAAAUUCUCAGAGGACUAAAAGUUUGCGCGUGAUCAGCGAACUAUGCUCCCAUACUCGAAUGAGUGUGUCGGGUGAUAAGAUGUCUUUGAGGUUAGAUUAUGCCGACUCAUUGAAGGAUUUAUUGAUUAAACCGCUGAAGUAUAAGGGAAUGGAUGGAGUAAAGGAUACCAUUGAUAUAAUGAAGUCUUAUUAUCUUUUAAAAGACGACUUAGUCAGUUUGUGUGAGUUGAUGGCUUGUUUCGACCAACCUAACGCCUUUACUAGCAUUGAUAGCAAGGUUAAAGCAGCUUUAACAAGGCAGUACAACAAAUCAAUGGUACUCAGUUUUGCUCCACCGGCCGCGUCGAAGAGGCAAAGUAUGCCAACGGAGGAUCACUACUAUGGAAGAGAAGAACUUGUCGAAGAUUCAGACCAAGACGAAUGUGAAGACGUUUUCGCCGGAGACAAUAUGGUCAGAGCAAGGAAAAAUCAAGCGGCAAAAGCUCAACCGGCAACAGCUAAUCCUAGAAACCCUAGGGGAAAAGCUUCAUCGAGUAGACCCAAUAAAGCCUCGAAAACAAAAGGAAAGAAAUGAGGAAUUUGUGUGAAAAAUUGAAAAUAUAUAAAUAUAUAAAAAGGAAAAAUAUACAAUGAGCGAACUUUUUUUAACUGUGUUAUUUUUGUUUAAUUAUUAAGUUCAAUUUUAUUUUUGUAAGAAUCUUACGUUUAUUGUUUAAUACAGUUUUGUCAGUUA